AACGUCUGGGUAAAAUCGAUAACGAUAAGACUAUUUCAACACUUCUUCAAAACAUUGCAGAUUGUGUACAAAGUAGUGUUGAUAGAUAACGCAUGUUGAAAAUAUGGAUAUCAAAAGGAGUACUUUUAAAGUGAAAAGCAACUCCAAACCUUCCAGCAGCAGUCGCAGUGCAGAACUUCUUGGUACCCAAACUGGAAUUGGAUUCCCCACACAAUCAAAGAAAAUCAAUCGAUCAAAUGAAAUAGCGCAUUUUUCUGAUUGCACAACUAAUAAAAGCCUUCAUAAUGCAAUUCGUAAGCUCAAUAAAAAAGAUCCAACUACUAAAAAAAGGGCUUUGGAAGAGCUGAUUCAUGAUAUAAAUGAGAGGAGUGUCGAGGAACUUGUGGUAAUUUUACCACUUUGGACUAAAAUCUACCUUGAAUUUGCAUAUGAUCCGAUACACAACAUACGCGAACUUACACAAGAAGUACAAAAAAUGCUUGCAUCGAAAUGUAAACGCAUGAUAGCCCCAUAUUUAAAAGAAUUAGUGCCCGUUUGGAUCUGUUCUCAAUUUGAUAAUUACGUUCCAGCUGCUAAUAUUGCUCGUGCCAGCUUCUUCAAUAUUUUCAAUGCCAAAACAGACCGCGUUAAGGAAGUCUGUUUACAUUGCCAAUCAGAGAUACUAGAAUACAUAUUUAAUAAUCUUUCAGAAUCGUCAGAUAGGAAAAAAGGUACUGACAUUUAUGCGUUUGGCUAUAAUAAAGUUUACGGAAGCCUCGAACUUCUUGCUUUUUUUAUUGAGCAAACAAACACCGCAGAUUUGUCUUCAAAGUCCCACAAUAUAUUACGUUCCAUUAUAGAGUUUAAGAGCUUUUGGAACUGCGGAAGAAAUGGCAAUAAAUUAACAAGGUAAGUAAGAAUUUUCAUAUUGCAUCUUGUCGGUAA